AGAAAGGAACAGUUUGUCCCACCGGUGUUUUAUUUAGCCGCAGAAGGUCGUCCGCGGCUCGGCGGUCUUUGACAAUACCCACAACCAAAACUAGCCUAAAUAAUUUAGCGUUGUGUCAAGUUCGGCUUUCGAUAAUUGCAGUGAUGUGAGAAUUGCUGGGGGGAAAAAAUAGAGGAACGCGGCUGUACGUCGCGUUUAGUCGGGCUCGUUAUGAAACCUUGCUAGCGAACGUUAGCUAACGUUAGCAGCUGGAUACGGUAACUAACGUUACGUACGCUGACGGAACUAAAAGCGGCUGGAGACGUUUUUGAAGUGAAUUUAGCCAACUAGUCAUUGCACUAGCCAGUGAAUGUUUGUUUAUUGUUUACUGCAAAACAGCUAAGUAGCUUUAGCGUUAAUAUAUAUCCGCACUGCCGCAGGGUGUUUUGGACGGGACCUUAAAUCCCACUGCCCGGUCUUGGACCAGACCCCGGGCUCAGCUUCUCAGAACCAGGAUUUCCCAUCCCUGAACUGAGUGGCUGGUUUGAUGGCAGCCACGGCCAGUGCCCGGCGGUUACCUAUGGGUGUGCGGACAUUUAGUGACUUUCUUCAGAUUGCCACUGUGGGCUCCCCUCGCUCGUGUCGUACAGCGGUUUCAAGAGGAUGUAUGCGACAAAACAUCAGACACUUGUCAUCAUGUGGCAUUUUGAUGACAAGAACUCCCAGAGUGCUUUGCCUUCAAGACUGGGACACAAUGACAACUGUUCCCCAAAGCAGAAACUUCAUCAGCCUCACCAACAAAAGGAAGGAGUACUCCGAGCGUAGGAUACUAGGGUUUUCUAUGCAGGAAAUGUAUGAUGUGGUGGCCAAUGUUGAUGAGUACAAGAACUUUGUGCCCUGGUGUAAGAAGUCCCAGACCAUUAUGAAAAGAACAGGCCACUCCAAAGCCCAACUUGAAGUGGGAUUCCCUCCAGUCAUGGAGAGAUACACAUCUAUGAUCACUAGUGUCCGGCCUCAUCUAGUCAAAGCAGUGUGUACAGACGGAAAGCUGUUCAAUCACCUGGAGACAAUAUGGCGCUUUAGUCCAGGCAUUCCUGGUUACCCUCGGACCUGCACGGUAGACUUUUCUAUAUCCUUUGAGUUCCGCUCUUUGCUGCACUCCCAGUUAGCCACCAUGUUCUUCGAUGAGGUUGUAAAGCAGAAUGUCGCUGCGUUUGAGCGGCGAGCCUGUAAGCUCUACGGCCCAGAGACUCGUAUCCCACGAGAGCUGAUGUUUCACGAGGUGCAUCAGACGUGAUCUCAGCAGCUGUAUGUCCUCAUCUGGCCUUAAACCAUAUCAGCUUUUAUUCCCUUUAUCCACACACACCUGCAUGAUGGUGAUCAGUCGCCCACCACUUCAGGUCAACUUCAACUCCUGAAGAUGUUAGACAUCCAACUCUUGUAAGCAUUAUUUUGGAAUCCCUGCCUCCAAAAAAUCUUGCUUAUCUCCUCCUCGUGUUAAUAUCCACUUUCUGUCUACCUCCACUUAAGGGAUCCUUGUUUAGCAGAAGGAAUCCACCAUUUCUUUUGCUCCAUGGCAGUUGUAUUUAUGUAAACAAAACAGUAAAUCAUUGCAACAUCAUCACCAAUGGUAGAGAGUCGGCUAUUAUUCUAAAUGAUCAGCACAGUGACACUGAAAAAACCCUGUUUAUGUAAAUUUUAUUUUAUUUUAUAAAAUUACAUUUUCUCUUAACUGAGGUCAAGUUUUAUAGUUCACUGUGACCUCAAGGUUACUUGCAACACUGGCACCCUACCAAGUCAGUCAAGUCUUUUCAGUUUUAAGUUGACCAGCACUUUGAUCAGCUGAUUAUACUGUAUUAAGAAAGCAUAUUCUUUGCCUUUUUACAUUUACCAUUUAUUUCAAAUUGAAUUUUUAAUAUAUUGUGCCAUGUUUGGGACGUUGUGUUGUGACAGAAUCAAUGAAGUGCAACAUUUGCAAAGGUAAAAUGGUAAUUUCUUUAUUAGUUACCUGUGCCCUCGAUUGACUUUGAGAUUUGGGAAAAUAAGCUUCAACUUGGCUGUUUUUGUGCCGUGAGAAUUUGUGUUUUUGGACAUUGAGACUUGGCCUGCCAGUUUUUAUAGUUCCUUAUUUUACAGCCCAGCACUAUUAACUAUCACAAAAGAUUAACAGAGGUGGGGUGAAUCUAACUUUGCACAAACAAGAGCACCUAAAUUAAUCUAUGAACAGGCUGGAGAGUACUGUGAAAUACUGUAAAUAGGGUUACAACAAGAAAUGUCAGAUUAUAUAGCAUGACUACAACUUUAUAUUUGAAAAUAUUUUUUCAUUUUAUAGACUUAUAAACAUAGAUUAAAAAUUAUUUAUAGUAAUCUGAUUAGGUCACAGUUAUAUUAAUUCAGUUGAUUAUUUUAGUGAUGAUAAUCAGUUUGUAACAGAUAAUGUAAAAGUUUUCCUACUCUGCUUUUUGUAUUUUAUGGUCCAUAUUCUGGAGGGGAUCAGAAGGAUGAUACUCCUGUCAUUGUGAGUAUAAAAUAUACUGCUGGGCUGUAGAAUAGAACAUUUUCAAUCAGUUAUCAUUGCCUAUGGGUUUCAUGCUUACUUUUCUGGAUGUUUUAGCUUUUAUUUACAUUUAAGCUGGAUGGAUGUAACCAAAAAAAGAGGAAAAUAUAGUCUGUAACAUAAGAGUUCAUGCAUUGCAUUGUUAGGGCAUGACUAUUUUUAGUUGGGUUAUACAUUUCACGUAAAAGUAAUCCAUGGCUUUAUUCCGUGCUAAAGGGCUCAUAAAGUUCAUUGAUUGUAUUUGCCAUUUUUAGAGGUGACUGAUUUGUUCAAGAUGCCAAAGGUCAAUGGAAGAAGUCAUUCAUGUGUGACCCUCCUCAUAAACGGCAGUUCAUUAUGUUCACAUGCUCCAAGUCUCAUGCCCCAAUAAAACUUGAGUAUUUUUAAGA